CCAUUUCAUCUAAUCGGCAGAUCGGCCGAUUUAGGGUUUUCAUCUCCCUUCGAUCGCUCGAGCUCGAUCCGAUUCCCAACCUCGCAAUCGUUCCCGCCCCAAUCGCCGCCGCCGCCGCCGCCGCCGGAACCCUAGGGGAGAGAGAUGGGGAAGAACGAGUUCCUGACGCCCAAGGCGAUCGCGAACCGGAUCAAGGCGAAGGGCCUGCAGAAGCUGCGGUGGUACUGCCAGAUGUGCCAGAAGCAGUGCCGCGACGAGAACGGCUUCAAGUGCCACUGCAUGAGCGAGAGCCACCAGCGGCAGAUGCAGAUCUUCGGCCAGAACCCCCACCGCAUCGUCGAAGGCUACUCCGAGGAGUUCGAGGACUCCUUCCUCGAGCACAUGCGCCGCAGCCACCGCUUCAGCCGCGUCGCCGCCACCGUCGUCUACAACGAGUACAUCCACGACCGCAGCCACGUCCACAUGAACUCCACCCAGUGGGCCACCCUCACCGAGUUCGUCAAGUACCUCGGUCGCACCGGCAAGUGCAAGGUCGAGGAGACCCCCAAGGGCUGGUUCAUGACCUACGUCGAUCGCGAUAGCGAGACCCUGUUCAAGGAGAGGCAGAAGAAUAAGAGGAUCAAGGCGGACCUGGUGGAUGAGGAGAAGCAGGAGAAGGAGAUAAUGAAGCAGAUCGAGAGGGCCGGGCAGUUGUUGCCGGCUGCCGCUGCGCCGGCGAACGGGACAGGGCCCGAACUGCCGAGGGAGGUGAAUUUGGAGAACGGCGUGAAGAUAGGGUUCUCGCUCGCGAAACAGCCGGAGCUUAAAGAGAGAGGGGAGAGUUCCAAGUUGGUUUUCGAGGAGACAGAGAACGAUCGGGGCGGGAAAAGGAAGGGUGGUCCGGGUGGCGAGCCGAAGAAGAGCAUGACGAAGUCUGCACUCGAGGAGUUGAUGAAGGAAGAGGAGAAGAAGAAGGAGCGGAUUAAUAGGAAGGACUAUUGGUUGUGUGAAGCCAUUGUUGUGAAGGUGAUGAGCAAGGCACUGGCUGAUAAAGGGUAUUAUAAGCAGAAGGGCGUUGUUCGAAAGGUGAUCGAUAAGUAUGUGGGCGAGAUCGAGAUGCUCGAGAACAAGCACGUGUUGAGGGUGGACCAGGAGGAGUUGGAGACCGUGAUUCCGCAAAUCGGGGGCUUGGUGAGGAUCGUGAAUGGCGCAUAUCGAGGCUCGACUGCAAGGUUGCUGGGGAUUAAUACGGAGAAAUUUUGCGCUAAAGUGCAGAUAGAGAAAGGUGUCUAUGAUGGAAGGGUGAUUCCUGCUGUUGAGUAUGAAGAUAUAUGUAAACUUGCAUAAUGAGAUGUUGAGGAUUUUGACUAACUGAACAUGAUGAAUGUGCACAAGCGAUAGAACAAGAGGACUUCGUAACAUGAGUAGUUUCUUCUGUUUACUCGAAAGAGGGAAUCGUGCGCUUUCUCGAUGUCUGAUUUUCGAAGAAGGGCCCAUGUGAUGGCGCGGCUCUAGGGUUAAUGGGGAUUUGAGGGAGGGUGAACCAUCUUCCGAGAAGUUCUGAUUUUACUUGGAAUCUUGCACGACCUGAAAGAAUUCACGGGAGGGGUAGUUUCAUCCUAUUACUUUGUUGUGAAUGACUAAAUUGACUCGUUUUGUCAUGAGCACCUCCAUGUUCUGCUGAGCAAACAUAACUAGUUUCUUUUGUUGGUUAGGCAUACUACGUUCUUCAUUAUGCAAUUUUAUUUUAAUCUAACCGUCAUUUUCAUUUAAUCCUUUUAAUGGCGAAGUCGAAUAUUCGAUGCCAUGUUUCCACUCAUUUUGUUUCUAACUGGAAUUCGUGCUUGCCUUAUUCAAUACCAUGAUGUGUUCGGGCGAACUGGAAUUCGUACUUGCCUCAUUUUCCUUUUUUAAGGCGUCAUUCUUGAAGGGAAUCCUCGCUGAAAAGCUUUUUAUUACAUAAAUACAUUUCUCAAGUUAGUAAACUUAAAACAUACAGAUACAAAUUGAGGUCUCUACCAGCAGCACGCCUUUGACCCAGCGAAAUCUGCCAUAUACAUUCAUGGGGAGAAAUUCCCCACUCAGCAAGAACUGCUCCAAUGGGAAACACGUCGAUCCCACGUACGAUUCAAGCAUUGAAACGAAGAACCAGUGAGAAACAACAAAGGCCAAACGUAUUGUGGAAUUUGACCAUGUUUAUUUGUGCCUUGAGAACACCAUUAUGCAAGCAAAGGUCAUCACAGAUCAAGGUACGAUGAUAUUCAUGAACUUCCUCUUUGCAAAUGCCAACCACCAUUUGUUUGGAGUCCCAUUUGGUCUAUAUGCGACACUCAACAGUCUUCCGCUUGUUUCUUCUCUUAUCUGCUUCAGAUAAUUCCUGAAUAGCUCUGCAUCCAGAGAGCGUAUUAGUGGCGGAGCAGCUUAUGAAUAUGGAAACACGGCAAUUGUGAUGAGACUGCCAAACAAACACAAUCAAACUCAAGCAUAGGAAUUGACAGCUGGCAUUCGAUUUGUGUGAUUCUAAAUUCCAAUAACAGGUCCGACCAAUGAACCGGCCUUGCAGAGCAUUUCUUUGUAAAACAAUUUCUCCACUCAGUUUCAUAUCAGCCAACUCAAGAUCUUAUUCUUCUGUUCCCAAAGUAGCUUCAAAUCGUAAUGUUCUCGCAAGUUAUUUAUCGUAA